ACAUGAGAAGUAACCUUUAUAUAAGAUCCGUGUUGUAUCUUCUUCAGACUGGAGUGACACUGCUAUAAAACUUUAAUAUACCGUCUAAGAUUGUUUGGCACCAUGGGAACUGGCCCGUUUUGGAAGCUUUUGAUAAUAGUGAUUAUUUUUAUUUCGUGUACAAACUGUCAAGAUUUAAAUGUCACAACUCCUAUAAAACUAGUUAACGGUACAACGCAAUUUGAGGGUCGUGUUGAAGUAUUACACAAUGGAACGUGGGGUACGGUCUGUGCUGAUCGUAUGGACAGAAACUUUGCCAAGGUCGUGUGUCGACACCUGGGAUAUGAUACUGAUAUUGUGGCGAUGCGUUCGAGUGUGCAUUUCGGUGAAGGUAGUGACCCGAUUUGGUUGAACGUUUUGGGUGUUUCAUGCCAGGGGAAUGAGUCUUCAAUCGACGCGUGUGCGUUUACUCGACAAUGGGGAGAGAACUACUACUGCAGCCAUACAGACGAUGUCGGAGUUAUAUGUAAUGGUAAUACAAGUGAUAUAAGACUACAAGACGGUACAACGAAAUUAGAGGGUCGCGUGGAAGUAUUUCACAAUGGAACGUGGGGAACGGUCUGUAUUGUAUCCAGAUACUUUGCAACGGUCGUGUGUCGACAGCUUGGAUAUGCUACUGACAUUGCGGAGAUGCGUUGGAAUGCCUAUUUCGGUAAAGGUAGUGGCCCGAUUUGGCUGGAAGAAGUUUUUUGUCAAGGAGACGAAUCUUCGAUCGACGAGUGUAAUUUAUUUUUACCAUGGGGCAAGCACGAUUGUGGACAUGAUUCUGAUGUCGGAGUUAGAUGUAAAGUAACCUGCUUUGUACCGGACGUAUACAACGCUUCCAAAGACACGGGGGCAACGAUUGUGUACAACGAGACAGUUACCUAUGCAUGCGCUGGAGGUAACAACCAUUCUGAUGGCGAUUUAGUAAGGACAUGUCAAGCUGACGGCCAAUUGAAUGGUACUUCCCCAACUUGUACUCUAGUAACCUGCUUUGUACCGGACGUAUACAACGCUUCCAAAGACACGGGGCUAACGAUUGUGUACAACGAGACAGUUACCUAUGCAUGUGCAGGAGGUAACAUCCAUUCUGAUGGCGAUUUAGUAAGAACAUGUCAAGCUGACGGCCAAUUGAAUGGUACUUCCCCAACUUGUCCUCGAGUGACGCCAUACUGCCGAAAAGACGGUGUGGUUCUAUUGCCCAAUUACGACUGCAAAUUGGUCAUCCUCAAAGAUCUCGAGGAACAGCUGAUUAACGGUAGCAUAGACGGAGCCGCGGCUUUAGCUGUGUUAAAGUCCGAAGUAGCGGAUGGGAACCACACUCUGUUAAUCGGGGAUUUGCUGCAGACACAAUUCAUCCUGCAGACUGUCGUUUCUGAAACUACAGCGUUUACCAACGACAGCAUCGAUGAUUUUCUUGAGACGGCAAGCUUUCUCAUUGACGACAAAGCGAACGGCAAGCAGUGGCAAAGCCGCAUACAGAACAACAACACAGGUGCAGAGUCGCUGCUGUCAGUGAUUGACGAGUUUGCCAUACGCCUCUACAACUCCCGCGCGUUGUCUAACGUCACCAUCACAAAACCUAACAUUGUGUUUACGUACUCGAGGGUGGACACUACUGUUAAGGACAGCCCCCCACUACAGUUUCCAAGCAGCGAGAGUCUGAACUCCCCCGGGGACGAGUGGCAGGCCGAACGGCACUCUACUGUUAAUAUAAACUUAAAGGCACUCAGGGGUGAGAACGUAACCACGUUUGUCGGCUUGGUCUACAAAAACCUUUCACAGGCUGUUUCCACAAAGCUCGACCAGGCAGAAAACGCCACCAUUAGCUCUCAAGUGUUGUCCCUGCAUCUGCUCCCACAGGCGCCUGUUAAGCUAGACCCAGAAAUACAGCUCAACUUCCAAACAUUCCAGAGCGUGUCGAGAUACAGAAAAUUCUGCGCGUUUUGGAACACAACAACUGAAACAUGGUCUACAUCUGGUUGUAACGUGGUGUCUUCCAACGCCAGCCAGGUCCAAUGUGCGUGUAGUCAUCUCACCAACUUCGCUUUGUUGAUAAGCCCAUACACAUCUAACAGUGAGGUGGUGCAGAAUAUUUCAAUGAUCAUCACGUACAUUGGUAGCGGGCUUUCAAUCCUGGCCCUCAUCGUGACCAUCGCCUUGCAUGCCUUCUACUGGAAGAUACUGCGCAGUGAGCGUGAGUGUCUCACCAUGUGUCUGUGUGUUGUGUUGCUACUGGCCAACAUUCUCUUCCUCGCUGGGAUCGGACAAACAGAAAACCAGACCGUUUGUCGGUGGAUCGCCGUUUCCCUGCACGUUGUGUUCCUGACCGUCUUCUUCACCAUGCUUUCUGUCGGCCUCAACGUAUAUUUCGCCGUCACCGUUGUCUUCAAGAGUGGCAAAAACAAACUUGUCAUGUACCUCCUCGUGGCCUUUGUACCACCGAUAGCUGUCGUGCUUACUGCUGCCAGCAUUUCCAAACUUGAGGGAUAUGGCACGAAAGCAAGUUGUUGGCUGGAUAUUGACCAUUGGAUGUUCUGGACUUUUGCGGGGCCUGUUGCUUUUGUUAUCUUGGUCAAUGGUAUAAUCACAUCGAUUGUAUUGGUAAAGCUAUGCAGCACGCAGGCCGCAAAGAACAAAGACACUCUUGACAGAAUUAAAAUGACGAUUACGGCAAUGUCUGUGUUGUUACCAAUAAUGGGUAUCGGCUGGGUGUUUGGUUUCUUUGCUGUGAACAAGAAAACUCAGUGGUUUCAAAUUGUGUUUUGCAUUUUUAACGCAUCACAGGGUGUGUUUAUUUUCAUAUUCCACUGUCUUCUGAAUGAACAGCUGAAACGGGCGAUUCAACUAUCAAGAGAACGAAAGCGAACCCUGGAUGAAUUUAGCGAUGAACACAAAAGACGAAUGGCAUUGGGCAAGCAAGACAGUCCCAGUGACAAUACAAAAGGAACGAACAUGUCGGAAACGGGAACGCUUGAACGAUCUGAAGCGGAAGAAAAGACAACGUCAGUUAAGCCAGAAGAAGUCCGGGUAGAAUUGAAGUUGCUGCAUCAACGCGAAUGAAACAAACAAGAAGUCAAUACCGACCGGAAACUGCGAUUGCAACAUUCAGGAUGAAUCUUCCAAAUAUCAUAGCAAUUCGAAAGUGACGGAGUUUUCAAACGACUGUAAUCCCCUUGUACCAACCGAGAAUACAAUCAGAAUUUUAUUUAGGUAACUUCCACAAAUGCAGAUCAAGUUGUCAUGAAUGGAUAUAUUUCGAACGAAUUUGCAACGGACAGUGAACCAUAACACAGGUUUAAAAGAAAAUUGUGUUCGUGAUACAUCAAAUGAUACAAAUACUGGAUGUGAAACAAUUCCAUUUGUAAUCGAUUAUUGUUUCAUAACUGUACACUAGUUGGUGGUUACAGGGGAUGACUUAUAGUCACAAUUAUUGCUAUCUGUUUAAAGAAUUGUAUUGCUUAUCAGUAAACUGGCCCAAUUUUCUCAAAAUAAAAUGUUUCUGCCUUAAGCUUAAAUACAAUCGCUUUUAUUUUUUUCUCAAAACUGGUCAAAAUGAGAAUAUUACAAAUUGUGCAUACACACAAAUAAGAGUUUUACCGUGAUCUUCUUAUUAGGAGAGAAUGUUUGAGAAAAUUGGGCCUGAUUUCAUUGUUAUAAUAAUUGAUAAACUUGUGUAUUUUGUAUUUUUGUAUACAUUUACGCCCAUUGAGCUAUAUAUACUCUCAACCAAUUUUAACACAUCUAUUUUUAAGUUGGUAUAAUCAUUAUGUAAUCAAGUCUAUGAAAAUGCGGAGUUUUGUGCAAUAUUACUUCUGCAAAAACAUAUUGCAAAAUUCUAAAUCAAUCAUAAGUUCAGCCUUGCAGAUGAAUGUUUGAAAUCCUAUUCUUGUGAGAUACUCAAUUAUAUGGCAAUUUUACAAAUGAAUUAUUGUUUCAAGAAAUGAUUUUUUACAUUACAGUUGUUCAAAGACAUUAUGAUUUGACCGGUAAAUAGUCCGAAAAGAAUCUGCAAAGGGAACUUGCCUAGUAAAAUGAUCAAUAAAAAUAUUAUGACCGUUCAUAAAUGUCGCUAAAAUCCCUUUCCUGUAUGCGCAAUUUGUUUUAGUAUGUAACAUUGCACUUUCAUUAACACUAAUCGUUAUAUUUUCCUUGUAUAUAUUUAUUUCUUUAAUCCAAUGUAUUUGCUCUAUGUUAAAAAAGUUGAUAUUAUAAAAACUGAUACGUGCCUAAUGAAAAUGCAUCACACUUUCUUAGACCCAAGUGAUGUUUAAACUUUGUUUGAGUGUACUGCAUAAUACUGUUCGACCAACAGUUAAGGGCCUCUGGUCGGGUGCCAGCUUGGCCUCCAGCCUUGUUGAUUUCCGAAUGGAAUGACAUUUACAAUAUAGGAUGUGGCAAAACUGACUUGUCUAAGGAGACUGAGAACUUGUUACAUGUGUACCAAGAGUCAUUGAAAUAUCCUGGGUAAGGAAUCAGAUUGCAAAAUAAGUGAAUGUAGAAUUCUAGUUCUCUGAUAUCUCCAUAACCAUAACGUUAAAUGGUGAUGUUUGUUGGCCCAUAUAAGUUUGGUUUCUUUUGAAAGAGUUGUGUGCGCAGACAAAAAAGGUUAAUAGUAUACCUAUAAACAAGAUAUAUUGAACAUCAAAGAUUGUAAUAUAGAUCAUUUUGCGUUUGAUCUACUAAAUAAGAGAACAAAUAUACAAACUAUACUUACCUUACGUAUUCUGUACAUUUGGUCAUUUAUUUUACAUAAUAGUAUUCUGAUUGAAAUGCGGUUUGAAUUAUACCACGGCGUUCACCAGGCUUAAAACUGUUCCAUGAUAGUAAUGGAAAUAUCGGGAGAACUAGCUUAUUUGAAGGUCAUAUUCCAUAACUUGUUUGCACGCCGACACUUACUGGUGUGUUUUCAUUGAAAAACAGACAAUUGUUUUUAGUAUGUUAGUAUAUUAAACAUUAUGUAUGUAUGAUAUUGUAAUAUACGUGUACUUUUAAUAGUUUUUCAUGUCAAUUAAUACAUUAACAACACUAACCACUAAAUUCUUUGUCAUUUUAAGAAACACAAAACAUCUCUCCUGCGUUGAAACAUUGUUUCAAAUCUAAAUGUAUAUUUUGCACGUCAUAUUAGAACUAAGUAUGAAAUAAUCAGAAUAAAGUCAGAUAUACUGAA